AUUCCGUAGAAUAAUAACUUCCCGAGGGACUGCAGUAAAGUAGGCGGCGAAGAAACAAUGGGAAAGUAGCUGAAGUGGGCAAGCACUGACAUUAAUUUGAGACUAGCACCGAACUUAGACCCCGUGAACUCUAAACAAUGGUGUGUCGUAUGAUUUUCCAUGUAUUCCGGAGGUCUGAUUGUGAAGCUGAAUGUUUCUGCUGUGGCUCUUCCCUUCUGGCUCGUGUCGUGUAGCGUCAGAACAGAGAAGACCCGCCACAUCAGGAAGUUGAAGACUAAUCAGCGAACAGCCCGUUAAUUCACUACUGUUAAGAUUUGUUAUUCUGUCAGUACAUGGAUACUUUCCAGAUGGUUCAAGAGCUCAGGAGUUUUUCAGUGAUGCUGUUUGAAGAGAUACAGGGCUGAUUCAUCUGAGAUGAUAACACCAAUGGACCUUCACUGACGUGCUGCUUGACCUCAAAACAGAGAAGAAAGCAUUUCCUCUCAACUGCCGGCAUCAAGGUUCUGCAGAAUGUGUCACGUUAUAGUCACAUGCCGCUCUAUGUUAUGGACCUUGAUGAGCAUUGUGGUGGCAUUUGCUGAGCUGGUGGCAUUUAUGAGUGCUGAGUGGCUGGUGGGAUAUUCAGAUGGCUCUGAAUUCAACUUCACCAUCACUGCUUCACACCGCAGCAACCAGCGCACCCUGGGUAUUUAUAACCGCUGCAUCAAGGUGGCACAGCAGAAGGUGCUCCAGUGUGGGCCCUACGCCACAGACUUUAUGGAAAUAGCCAGUGGCUUCUGGCAGGCAACUGUUAUAUUUCUAGUCAUCGGAAUCUUUCUCCUGUCCGUAGUGGGCAUCCUUUCGGUUUUCAGCAUGUGCUUCCAGAGUAUCUUGAAGAAGAGCAUAUUCAAUGUGUGUGGCCUGCUUCAGGGAAUAGCAGGUCUAUUCCUCAUUCUAGGUCUGAUGCUCUAUCCUGCAGGCUGGGGCUCUAAGAAGGUGGUUGACUACUGUGGUCAGGAUGCUUCGCCAUACAAAGUGGGCUUGUGUUCUCUGGGCUGGGCCUUCUACACAGCCAUAGGAGGCACUGUGCUCACUUUCAUCUGUGCCAUGUUUUCAGCCCAGGCUGAGAUCGCCACCUCCAGCGACAAGGUGCAGGAUGAGAUUGAAGAGGGGCGGAGUCUCAUUUGUGUGCUGUGAGAUGUGUGCACAAACCACUCAAAUGGAAUCAUUUGUGUCCCAUGUUUACUGCUUGAAAUGACUGUUGCAUAAAUGGGAAUGUAGUUCAGACCUACUGUUGGUCUGCUGAUCAAAGACUUUACAGUUGUAUUUGCUUUUGCUUUCUCUUAUCUCAUCCUAUCGCCAUUGCAAAAUAUAUGAAUUACAAAUUAUUCCUAGGAAAAAUAAACGUUUUAAACUAAUAAUUGCCUUUUUUAAAACAUUGUGUUUAUAAGCAAAUGCAUUUUAUCAGUAUUUUGAAUUAAUUGUUGCUACAUUUUACAUGGACUUUUUUAAUACUGGACAGAACAAUUGUUUAUGAAAUGAUAUACUGAAAAUAAGUGUAGUCUCUGUAGUCCUGUAUCUGUGAUCUCGUUAUACUGUAAAAUAAAAAUUGAUUCUUUGUUUAGCCCA